AUGUCCUUGCAUGCCACUGUGACCAUGGUGGAUGAUGCAGGAGCACUCUUGGCAGAGCGGCGGGCGGCGGCGGCCGCCGACGUGGACCCGGUGCGCGACUUCGAGCGCUGGAAGAAGAGGCACGCGCGGCGGCAGCGGGCGCUGCGGCGGCGCCGGAAGGAGCGGCAGCGCCCGGAGUGGCUCGUGGAGCGCGAGGGCAUCGGGCGGCUGGUGCAGCGCUACGGAGAGAUAAAUGCGAAUGAAAUUCAAAGAUUUUCAGAUUUUCCACUGUCAAAGAAAACCCUGAAAGGAUUGCAGGCCGCUCAGUACCGCAUGGUGACUGAGAUCCAGCGGCAGACCAUCGGGCUGGCCUUGCAAGGGAAGGAUGUGCUCGGAGCUGCCAAGACGGGAUCUGGCAAAACCUUGGCUUUCAUCGUCCCGGCCUUGGAAAUGCUGUAUCGCAAUCAGUGGACUUCAGCAGAUGGGCUGGGAGUUUUGAUAAUAUCUCCUACCCGGGAACUGGCCUAUCAGACCUUCAAGGUUCUGCGGAAAGUGGGAAAAAAUCAUGACUUCUCAGCUGGCCUUAUCAUUGGAGGGAAGGAUCUCAAAGAAGAGUCUGAGAGAAUCCACAACAUAAAUAUGCUCAUUUGCACUCCAGGACGGCUUCUGCAACACAUGGAUGAAACUUCGUAUUUUUAUGCAUCCGAUCUGCAAAUGUUGAUUCUUGAUGAAGCUGACAGAAUUCUGGACAUGGGGUUUGCAGACACGAUGAACGCGAUCAUAGAAAAUCUCCCCAAGAAGCGCCAGACUUUGCUUUUCUCAGCAACACAAACAAAAUCCGUGAAGGAUCUUGCCCGGCUGAGCCUGAAGGACCCAGAAUAUGUUUGGGUUCACGAGAAAGCCAAAUUCAGUACCCCAGCAACUUUGGACCAGAACUACAUCGUCUGUGAGCUUCAACAGAAAAUAAACAUGUUAUACUCGUUCCUGAGGAGUCACCUGAAAAAGAAGAGCAUUGUGUUUUUUGCAAGCUGUAAAGAGGUGCAGUACCUGUUCCGAGUGUUCUGCAAGCUGCAGCCCGGCGUGCCCGUUCUGGCCCUGCACGGCAAGCAGCACCAGAUCAAGAGAAUGGAAGUCUACAACUGCUUCCUUCGGAAAAAGGCGGCUGUUCUUUUUGCGACGGACAUCGCAGCUCGCGGCCUUGACUUUCCAGCAGUGAACUGGGUCAUUCAGUUCGAUUGUCCAGAAGAUGCCAACACCUACAUCCACAGAGUGGGAAGGACAGCCAGAUACAAAGAAGGUGGUGAAGCUCUGUUAGUCCUGCUUCCUUCGGAAGAAAAAGGCAUGGUGGAGCAACUGGCGCAGCGGAAAGUACCUGUCAACCAGAUCAAAAUCAACCCUGAAAAGCUUACAGACAUCCAAAAAAGGCUGCAGGCCUUUUUGGCUCAAGAUCAGGAGUUAAAAGAGAAGGCUCAAAGGUGUUUUGUAUCCUACCUGCGCUCAGUUUACUUAAUGAAGAAUAAGGAAGUAUUUGAUGUUUUCAGAUUGCCUCUAGCAGAAUAUGCCCUCUCGCUGGGCCUCGCCGUGCCGCCCCGCGUGAGGUUUCUGCAGAAGGCCCAGAAGCAGCGCCUGGAGAGCACUGAGGGGACACAUCCCUUGACGGAGGCAAAGCAGAAUAAAAACACCAGCUCCUCGGGAAGCAGGGAAGGAGCAGAGGAAUCCAGGACUCCUUUCAGUGGGAAGGCGUCUGUUGACAAAACAGCUGAGGAGGACGCAAGGGAAGACACCGGAGAAUAUCCUUCUUCCAGCGAGGGUCCCGGUGACAGUGAGCCUGACGAGGAUUCCAAAGGGGUUUCGGAGGCAGGAGAGGAGGAGGAGGCUGCUGUGUUGAGCAAGGUUGCAAGUGUGGGCUCCGUGCGGUUCCUUGAAGAUGACGAUGAUGACGAUGAUGCCAGAGACCUUGACUUGCUGACGGUGAAACGGCAGAACGUUUUUGGCGUGGAAGCUAAUGAGAACCCAGCCCUGGUAAGUGCAUGUUAUAGGAAAACUAGUUAAUCUGGAUGAUUUUGUUGGACAGGCUCCAGGUAAGGAGGAAGAAAAAGGACAAAAUUAAAGAAUAGCCACCUGACCAACUACGUAACUGGUUUAAUUUAUCAAAAACUACUUGAAUACCUAGGAAAAUUUGCCAUUUUUAUUUCUUUCACUUACUGCUUUGCCUGUACCUUCCUCAAAUAGCUGCAAAUUUGGUCAAAAUUUUGAUGGGUGCUGCAGUCAGUGGCACUGGGAAACCCAGUGCCCGCUGCAGUGCACGAUGCGGCGCUGGCUAAUGCAGCUCUUAACAAAUGAUCCUGAACGAUCCUUUCAGGCAAAGGUUUCUCCUUUUAACAAGGUGUUUAGGCACACGGAGGGAGAGGGGACACCUCGUGCAAAACCUGAUUCUAAAGGGUUAUUAAAAGCACUCGUAUAGAUCUUUUCCUUGGCAAGUAGCUUUAUAUCUUGGAGUACCUCCGUGCUCCUUGUUCUGAGAAAUGAUGUUUUUAUUUCGUCUUUAAAUACAGUGUUAUAGUAAGGGCUUUUUUUGUGCUUAGAAAAGAUGAAUUUGAUAAGAAUACAUUGUGUUUUUUCUGUCUUCUCCUACUUAACAACUAAAACUGUAG